CGGUAUCAUUCCAUGCGUGUAAGAUGGAAUACAGCUGCCUCGAUAAUCUCGCAUGUACGAGUACGGAGCAAUGACCUAUAUAAAUGCCAUGGCGUGUCCCCGCGCGCGCAUGGCUGCUUCUGGUCUCUGCGGCAGCUCUUUUGACAUAGUCCAGGGCCCAUCCAGCAGAUUGUCGAGCUGAGCUCCUCUCCUCCAGAUAGCUAUCCAGCAGCAUCACCAACAUCACCAACAUGCAGUCCAAGCUGCUCCUCGCCCUCUCGGCCGCUGCCGUUGCGCCCACCGCCGCCGAGCAGGUUCUCGGCGUCUACAUCUUCCACCGCCAUGGCGAUCGCACGUCCAAGUCGUGGACUCCCGUCAGCCUGACCCCCCUCGGCGCCGACCAGGUGGCCAGCUCGGCCGACUUCUUCCGCAAGCGCUACAUCGACGACGGCGCCUCGCUGCAGAUUGCCGACAUCAGCGCCGACAAGGCUGUGCUCUCGCAGCUGGCCAUCACGGCCCCGGUGGACAAUGUGCUGCAGAACUCGGCCGGCGUCUUUGCCCAGGGCCUGUAUCCCGCCAACAAGGCUGCCGGGUCCACCAAGCUGGCCAACGGCACCACCGUCGUGGCUCCUCUCGGCGGAUACCAGUACAUCCCCGUCAACACCGUCACCUCUGCCAGCUCGGCCGGCUCCGAGUCCAGCGCCUGGCUCCAGGGCAGCAGCGGCUGCAGCAACGCCGUCGUCAGCUCAAACAACUACUUCCUGACCCCAGACUAUCUCAGCACCUUCAACGACACCAAGGACUUUUACCAGAACUUGCUGCCUGUCAUCAACACCACGUUCAACUCCAGCACGGCCACCUUUAAGAACGGCUACACAAUCUUUGACUACAUCAAUGUCGCCACAAUUCACAACUCCUCCAUCCCCUCUGACAACCUCCUCACCAAAUCCACGCUCUCCAACCUCUAUGACUACGCCUCUACUCACGAGUGGAACCUUGCCUACAACGGCAGCGACCCCGUCCGCGCCAUUGCCGGCUCCGUUCUCGCCGGCCAGAUCGUGACUGCUCUCCAGGGCGUCGCCGACGGCAAGGCCGUUCCCAAGUUCAACAUCCAGUUUGGCGCCUACGCCGCCUUCAUGUCCUUCUUCGGCCUUGCUCAGCUGCCCGCUGCCUCCAACGACUUCUACGGUAUCUGCAACUACGCCUCCGCCAUGGUGCUCGAGCUCGUCGCCCCCAGCGCCACCCAGACCUCCGAGGACGAUCUGACCGUUCGCUUCCUCUGGUCCAACGGCACUGCUGCCGAGAACGGCAUCAAGGCCUACCCCCUGUUUGGCCAGAAGGAGACUUCCAUCAGCUGGAACGACUUCAAGACUGGCAUCAACAAGUUUGCCGUCACAAACACCUCUGACUGGUGCACCACCUGCGGCAACACCGACGGCAGCUGUGCCUCCAACACCACCGCCAACGCUUCGUCUGAAAAGUCCACCGACCACAGCAACAUCACCAGACCCGUUGCUGGCGUCAUUGGUGCUCUUGUCACUCUGGGUGUCAUCUUCCUCGUCGAGGCCCUCGUUAUGCUGCUUGGCGGCCUGCGUCUCGUUAAGAAGUCGACUCUGGCCAAUGCCCACGCAGCCGCCUCUCCUGCGGUUUCCAAGGCAUAGUUUUGAUGGAGUGAAUGUUAUAGUGUAGUUGCUGACGGAUGGGGAAUGGGAGGAUAAUGAGAUAUAGGUAUAUACCCAAUGAAAUAGUAACGUUUGGCAUGAUCAACUUGAACUGCAAGCAUACCACAUGGUUCAAAUAGUGCGAGCAUUGAUAAAUCGUUCACCGUUUAUCCUGUAUAGACUGGUUUGCUUCCA